CCUGUUUUUUUACACAAGAAUCACAGGAUGACACUUGUGCGCUACGCAGCUUCCCUUCCGUUGGUGAAACGAAGGCUAUAACUUUCCUCUAAAAGUAAAAGAAAUUGCUGUUGUUAGGAACUGUGCAUGGAUCUCCAUGGUUUCCAGUUACCACCGGUUAAUGCAAGACAGACUUCAAUUGUCUGGACGACGCCUGUUGUCCAAAGAUCACAAGAAGCUGCCAUUUUAUGGUUGAAACGCUUUGGAGAAUGCAAGGAUAGGAAAAUCACCGGCUUAUCACAGGAUAAGAAGACAAAGAGAAAAAAAAAGGAAUUUGAUCCAGUAGAAUGUUGCAUUUUGAACCUUGGUAUACUGCGUCAAUCAGCAAAAGGAGGAGGGAAGAAGCCAGGCAGGGAAGGGCGAGCUACACAGAAAGACAAUAGAAACACAACACAGUUUUUCAACGACGAAUGAAAAUGAAAUUCCUUUUUGUUCCAUCAAUCAUCUCCCUGGUCACAUUUUUAUUCUCUUAUGAGUGCGAGCGUGUCUGUGUGCUGAUCAAGUGUUCUUUGUCGGCUGUUGAGUUUAGGGUUCUGGCACAAACCAGUCUUUCAUAUCAUUCUGAAAUAGAUUUCAGCCGUACGUCAGGUCACAACUUCUAGAAAAUUUGGAAAGUGCUUCAUUUUCCGUUUUUCUUUCUCAGCAAUUUGUUUUGUUACUGAAGCCGGGAGCGGCUGUAGCACGUGGGGAAGAACAUGAGACCAAAAAAAAUUCCAAAAUAAUCCGGAAGUCUCUUAAAAAAACAGCGCUUAAUUUUACAAUUUGUGAUCAAACUUACUGCGGUAGAUAAUCACGCCGCUUAAAACUUUCAAACCGCAGAGAUUAGUGGAUAUAUUAGAUAAUACACGAUAAAUAUAUUAGAUAUUGUACGAUAACUUGGAUAUGAUAAAUUUCUGAGAAAGACUUCUUUAGUAUAACAACUUGAUCAAGACAAUCUCUAAAGAAGAACUUAGCAAAGAAAAUAUUUAGGUCUCCAAAUGAAUCAAUGACAUAUGCACCAAGCCACCACCUUGCUAUGAGCGGUCAAACAUGUUCUAACCGGCUUGCAGUUGAGUGUUCUUGUUACAUGAUAUAUAUCUCAAAAGAAGCAAUUGGGAAUGUGUUUCACUUUCCGAAUUCUUCUCAGCGAUUUAUUUGUCACUGAAAAUCUUUUCUAUCAAUAAAUAAUUGAGUAGAUGAACGAGGAAUUAAUCGUCAGUAAAGACAAGGGUCCAUUUGUUCAAAGGCCGAUAAGCGCUAACCCAGGGUUAAAUUUAAUCCAGGUUUCUUUAUUUCUCUAUUCAAAAGCCUUUUUCAGAUAAUCUUUUCUGUUCUUUUUAGAGCAUCCAGUAAUCAAACAGUAGAUAAAAAUAAUUGAACUUAAUUUUCUUUGAAAGCCUUCUGAGAUCAAAUUUCACAGUAACCCUGGGUUAUGUUAACCCAGCUUUGAACAACCCGGCCCGGUAAAUUUUAAAUUAGACUGAUAAAAAAUUAAAAUAUAGAGCCCUCGAACGUGCUCAGGCAAGAAACGGCUAUAGCACGUAAAGGUGGAAAUCCCAAAAUAAUAGACAUAAGUUAGACGGGAAUAUUUGAAAAGCUUAGCAAAGAAAAUAUUUAAGUUUCCAAAUGAAUCAAUGAUUUAUGCGCCAAGUCACCCUAUUGUCAUGAGCAAGUCUCAAGUGUUCUCACCAGCUCGUAUUGUAGCAGAUAAGUGUUAAAGCUUUCAAAAUGGAGAGAUUAGUGGAUAUAUUAGAGAUUGCACCGUAACCUGGAUAUGAUAUAACCGUGUUCUUGGUAUUGUAAAG